ACACAGAAUCUGAAGAUCAGAGGACCCCUAGCGAUCCAAAUCCAGCCCCUGUCACGUUUCUACCAGAAAACCGACGAGGCCGAAGAAGCCCGGCAUUUUGCCCCAGGGCCCCACAGGGAGGGCCGGGCCGAGCCGGAACUGGGAUCCGAGUCUCUGGGCCCCGAGGCUGGGGGGCUCUCUCUGCCCCCAUCCGCCGCCGUCCCCUCCCCGAGCCUGACGGUGCCAGGGUUGGGGGAGCGCCCCCACCCCCCCACCUCCGGAGGUGGAGGCCCCACGCGGCCCCAACAAGCUGUCGUUGUCCCGCGGGCCCCGGGCCCGGCACACUGGGGCUUUGUCCAGCCCCCCACCGCGACCCGCGGGUUGGUGGGGGGCGGCCCACGUGACCGAGGAGGUAGGAGGAGCCUGUGGCGGCGGCGGCGGCUCCAGCAUUUCCCUCCCUGGCCGGGGGGGCGGCGGGCGGCGGCGGCGGCGGUGGAGGCGGCUGGGCAGAGCUGGGCCGAGCUGCGGACGCCGGGCCCCCCGAUCCCCGCCAGGCUGCAGGCGCCGGGCCCGGGCCGUCAGGGCAGCUGUUACCCUUGCGUUCAGCGGGUGGCGAGCUGGGGUGCUCCCGGAACCCCGUGCCUGGGAUCAUGGGGAAUGGUACUUCCUGGACUCUACCUCGGAAACUUCAUUGAUGCCAAAGACACAGAUCAGCUAGGCCGGAAUAAGAUCACACACAUCAUCUCCAUUCACGAGUCACCCCAGCCUCUGUUGCAGGACAUAACCUACCUUCGCAUCUCAGUGGCCGACGCCCCUGAGGUACCCAUCAAAAAGCACUUCAAGGAAUGUAUCAACUUCAUCCACUGUUGCCGCCUCAAUGGGGGAAACUGCCUUGUACACUGCUUUGCAGGCAUCUCCCGAAGCACCACCAUCGUGACGGCGUAUGUGAUGACUGUGACGGGGCUAAGCUGGAGGGACGUGCUUGAAGCCAUCAAGACCACCCGGCCCAUUGCCAACCCCAACCCAGGCUUUAGGCAGCAGCUUGAGGAGUUUGGCUGGGGCAGUUCCCGGAAGCUUCGCCGGCAGCUGGAGGAGCGCUUCGGCGAGAGCCCUUUCCGCGACGAGGAGGAGGUGCGCGCGCUGCUGCCGCUGUGCAAGCGCUGCCGGCAGGGCUCGGCGACCGCGGCCGCUUCCCCGGCGCCCAACUCCACGGCCUCGGAGGGGACCUUGCAGCGCCUGGUGCCGCGCUCGCCCCGGGAGGCCCACCGGCCGCUGCCGCUGUUGGCGCGCGUCAAGCAGACUUUCUCCUGCCUCCCGCGGUGUCUGUCCCGCAAAGGCAGCAAGUGAGGAUCCCGCCCCCGCCGCGGCGCCCCUCGUCCUCCCGACUGGUCCCCCUUCUGGGAUCGUCCGGGCUUCUCACGGCCUUCAGGAGGGGCCCAGCGCCCGUGGGAGCCGCGCGGAGGCCUGAUCCCUGCCCCUGCCCCUCUGCCCGCCUGGCUUGUCUGCGUCCGCAGUCCGUGUGUCCAUCUGUGUGUGUGGCUCUGUGUCUGGGCCGGCCUGCUGCAGCCACCUGGUGCCUUAGUCCUUGGGCUGGGGGAGGGCGCCUCCCCCUGCCCCGCCCCAUUGAAGGCGGCGGGAGUGGGAGUGGGUGAGGGGGAGGGUUGGAUGGGCCUGGAGGAUAUUAAAGAGACGCAGAAGCUGCCGGUCUGA